UCCAACAACCAGGUAUACUUUUUUGUAGUUCUUGGCAUCUUAAUAUAUUAGUUAAGACGUGUGCAUACAUUCCCGUGCACCCCAAAGGAGUGCAGGGAUAUAAACCAUACUCCAUUAAGCAAGGAAUAAUCAUCUACAUCCCCGUUGGUUUCCAUGAGAGUAAAACAAAAGUUGUGAAAUAUACUUUUCUUUCCAGGAAAGGCGGACUUCAAUUUGAUUAUGGCGUCACUUAUCAUCGUCUGGUUUUUCACUGUUUUUAUGCACCAUGGAAUAAGAUUGUAAAACAGAUGAGCUACAAGUCCAGGGAAGAUAAAAGUGUGAUCUCUUCUUCUGCGCUUCGUAUAUAAAAUGCUGCUUCACAUAGAAGUUUACAACCUUUCUCAACACAGACUCAGGUUAUUUAAAAAAUAAAUAUUGAAAUAAGGUCCCAGGUAAAGAAAAUCAUCUGCUUGGAUGAUCUCAGCAUGGACGGCGCUGUGGAAUUAUCUACAAACCCUUUAAUAGCACUGAAUGAUGCUCUCUAUGUGUUGAGGUUUGCUGUGAAAACUACGCUAACAGCACUCCUUAGUGAGUCCCACAGAGUGACGGACGCAGAAGCAAGAAUAUCGAGAGUCAGCUUCAACCAAUCCACGAUGAUUUCCUCUGCAUUCUUUUGAAAGAAGAAAAAAACAGUUUUAGCCUCCAUGACAAAUCCUUGCUCUUGCACUGAUUAAACGCCCUGGUGUUGGUUUCGAGGGCUGGUCACUAAUAAUGCAGGGAAUAAAUGCCGAGAGUGCAGCUUGUAGAUUAUAUUUUUGUUUUUAAGAUUUCUAUCCAAGGUUUUUAUUUUUUCAUUAUUACCAAGUAAGAGCGAUACAGAUACACCCUCUAAUUAUUUGUCAGAAAUCAGCUUACUGAGCUAAAGAGGUGGAAGAAGCUUGCAACUAGGCGAAGGACUGUCCCUUUCUGGAGACUUGGAUGGAGAACACGCGUAGGUGGCUCUCAGUCACUCUGAGGAUUAACUCAGCGUGGAGGCUGAACUGGGGGAAGUGCUAGGUGCAGCGGUGCAAAGACCUGUCUGCUGAGAUUUGAUCUGAGUUUCCUAUCUCAGCCACUUGAUCGCUUUCACUGCAGAGACGUUUGCUCAGCUAAAUAGAGCAAGCUGGCUUAAUGCGGAGAAAAGCUGCCGUAGUUGUAAGGCUCGCCUGCCAGCCGAAGGAGGAUGGCUUCAUCUGCACUGACUGAAAGGGAAAAACAAGCAACUGUUAUUCUGUGAAGGGCUUUUCGAGACCUGUUUUGGAAUCUGACUGUCUCUGCGUCGUUUGUGUUGGAUUUCUUACAAGGCGCGUCAGUGGAUUCAAAAGGCACUCUUGUAUACAAACCUAUGGUAUUUUUUUGAGCGCAGGGAUGGAAAUGGGCUGCGCGGAGUUGUGCGGUAAGAAAAGCAUCACACCUUGUAUUGACACUGAAUAUUGUGAAAAUUCGAUGGAACAAAACAAAACCAAAGCAUGUGGAAAAAAUGAGGAGUGAGAAGAUUAUAUUUCCCUGACCCUCACUAAACUGAGCAGGGCUAAUGUUCUUUCUGCAAGGUGUUUGAACCUGACUUACAAUGGAAAAACUGCUUUUCUAUCUGCUGGUCAUUGGCAUGGCAGUUAAGGCCCAGAUCUGUCCAAAGCGCUGUAUCUGUCAAAAUUUGUCUCCCAACCUUGCAACACUCUGUGCCAAAAAAGGGCUUCUAUUUGUGCCGCCGAACAUCGACCGGCGUACUGUGGAGUUGCGUCUGGCCGAUAACUUUGUUUCAAGCAUCAAACGGAAAGACUUUGCCAACAUGACCGGCCUAGUGGACCUUACCCUGUCUAGGAAUACAAUUAGCUUCAUCACUCCUCAUGCUUUUGCUGAUCUCCGCAACUUGCGGGCCUUACAUCUAAACAGCAAUCGACUAACUAAGAUUUCCAAUGAUAUAUUUAGCGGUCUCUCCAACCUCCAUCACUUAAUUGUAAACAACAACCAGCUCACUCACAUCUUCUCAGAGGCUUUUAAUGAUGUUUUGGCAUUGGAAGAGUUGGAUAUAUCCUAUAACAACCUGGAAACCAUCCCUUGGGAAGCCAUUGAGAGGAUGGUUAGCUUGCACACACUCAGCCUGGAUCACAACAUGAUUGACUACAUCCCUGAGGCAACUUUCUCCCACCUCCACAAGCUAACACGCUUAGAUGUUACCUCCAACAAACUGCAGAAACUCCCACCAGAUCCACUCUUCCAGCGUGCUCAGGCUCUGGCUACGUCAGAUAUCACGACUUCUUCAUCUUUUGCUCUAAGCUUUGGGGGGAACCCAUUGCACUGCAAUUGCGAACUGCUUUGGCUGAGGCGGCUCACACGGGAGGAUGAUUUAGAGACCUGUGCCACACCAAACCAUUUAACAGGACGCUACUUUUGGUCUAUCCCAGAAGAGGAGUUCUUGUGCGAGCCUCCACUCAUCACUCGCCAUACACACGAGAUGAGGGUUUUGGAAGGCCAGCGGGCUACACUGAGAUGCAAAGCCAGAGGGGACCCAGAACCAGCUAUUCACUGGAUUUCGCCUGAUGGCAAGCUCAUCUCCAACUCUUCCAGGGCACUUGUUUACGAUAACGGGACGCUUGAUAUCCUCAUCACCACUGUGAAGGACACAGGCUCUUUCACGUGCAUCUCUUCCAAUCCAGCUGGGGAAGCCACUCAAGUAGUGGACCUGAACAUAAUCAAGCUCCCCCACUUGAUUAACAGCACAAACAACAUUCAGGAGCCUGACCCUGGCUCCUCAGAUAUUUCCACUUCCACUAAAUCUGGUUCCAACACAAGCAACAACACAGGGGACACAAAGAUAAACCAGGACAAAAGGGUAGUGAUUGCAGAGGCAACCUCAUCAACGGCCCUUAUUAAAUUUAAUUUUCAGAGGAACAUCCCAGGUAUCCGCAUGUUCCAAAUCCAAUACAAUGGUACCUACGAUGACUCCCUUGUUUACAGAAUGAUCCCUCCCACAAGCAAAAACUUCCUUAUUAAUAACUUGGCUGCUGGAACUAUCUAUGACCUGUGUGUCCUGGCUAUCUAUGAUGAUGGCAUCACCUCUCUCACUGCAACCAGGGUUGUGGGUUGCAUCCAAUUCACAACGGAGCAGGAUUAUGUCCGCUGUCACUUUAUGCAAUCCCAGUUUCUCGGUGGUACAAUGAUUAUUAUUAUUGGUGGGAUCAUCGUGGCAUCUGUACUUGUCUUCAUCAUCAUCCUGAUGAUCCGGUAUAAAGUGUGCAACAGUGGGGACCCAAACAAGGCCACAAAGGUCAGCAACAUGCACUCCCAAACCAAUGGGGCCCAAGGCCAGGGCUGUGGGGGAUCACUGCCCCCCUCAAACUCAAAGCUGGCCUUGGGGGAGGAGGAAAGUGCCCAGUGUCACAAGGCUCUUUACAGAGACACUGUGACACAGUCAUCAGAAACGUGCUCCAUCCCCGAUUGCUCCACCACUACCUCUUUGGUGGCCCAGAACUGGACCUCCAGCACGUCUGGCUCUCCAAAGCCAAAACGUAAGCCUGGGCCGAAGUCAUUGGCUGAGCCCAAGAUUGAUACUCUGCCCAACGCUGAGACUCAGAACACAAACCGUAAUAACUCCACAGCGCUGCAGCAGCCCAGCCGUUCUCCACUAAUCCAGCCUAAGCAGAAACCAUCUUUUAAAAGAGCACAAUCCAAGCCCAACAAAUACCUUACCCUACCAACAGAGAACUUGAGAGCAAAACGCAGGUAUUCUCUCAAUGAAGACUUUUCUAAGUACAGCUACUACAUCAAUUCCCAAAAGCUGGGAAGCUUGUGGUCUAAACGGAGUCUAUCAAUGAACGGCAUGUUGUUGCAGUUGGAAGGCUCAGAUAGUGGGAAAGCUACCUUCUCAAGUUCGGAGUGGAUACUGGAAAGCACUGUGUGAUGUUAAUUUUUUUUUUGCAUCUUUUUAUUUAUUUAGUUUU